UUACGUGUUUAGUAUGAUCCUCACAACCCGGAAGACUUUCGACAUUUUGAAGAAGUAUGUCGAGGCGUGGACGAGAACGGGCUUCAAAUGUUCCAUCUCAUCUAUUAUCCGAAAAAGAGAAUGAAAUAGUUUUCCAAUUACUUGGUCGCAGUUGUGUGACACUUGCUACUGGGAUUGCACAAGUGUACUUGGCAGACACAAACCAUCAACCCAACCGAUGGAACAAGCGAUUUUGUGGAGUGACAUGUUUUAUAAAGGACAAUUCUAAGAGAUCAUAUUACAUUCGAGUUUAUGAUCUACGGAAAGAAGUACUCUUAUGGGAGCAAGAGUUAUACAAUCAGUUUCGGUACAAGUCUCCUCGGGAAUACUUUCACACCUUUGAAGCAGAUACAGUACAGGCAGGCCUUAACUUUGCUAGUGAAGAUGAAGCUCUUAGUUUUAAGAAAGCAGUUGAAACUAAGCUGCAGGAAAGGCACCAAAGAAGAAUGGAGAAAAAACGACAGACAGUGAAGGCCAGUCAUAAACCUGAUGCUCCAGCUGCUGCACCAGCUGCUGCACCAGCUACUGCACCAGCUACUGCACCAGUCACAAACUUUAGCACACCUUCAACUGUGAAUACAGAAAUAAAUAAAAAUGGAACUACGAAGAAGAACAAAAAUGACAAGGGUAGUAAGAAAAAGCCUAUAACCAAGAAUGACAUUGGAACUCCAACUAAUUUCAGACAUGUGGGGCAUGUUGGCUGGGAUCCUACAAAAGGAUUUGAUAUGAACAAUCUAGAGCCAGAUAUGAAGAUGUUGUUCCAGUCAGUGGGCAUCUCAAAGGAUGAUCAAGUUGACAAGGAAACCAUUGAUUUUAUUUAUGACUUUGUUGAUAAGGCUGGUGGAAUGGAAGCUUUUCGCAGGGAUAUGCAGCCUCGUUCACCAGCCCCUCCACCCUCGGCCGGUCAUCAGCAAGGUCCAUCUGCACGGUCUCCUUCAGGAGCACCACCUCCUCCACCUCAACGAAGUGAAUCUGGGCCACCACCUCCACCAUCUCGUAGUGGUCCAACCCGAGGGGCUGCUCCACCUCCACCUGCUCGAUUGAACACAGGUGCACAGAAAGCUCCAACUGUUCCUCCGCCACGCCCACCCCUUGCAGCACCAUCAGUACCACCACCACGGCCCCCAGUCGUGUCACCUGGUGCCCCAUGUGCACCCAUUCCUCCACCACCACCACCACCCCCACCUGGACCUCCACCUCCAGCCUCUGAUACUGUGGCACAAGCACCUACAGGGCAUGGUGCUCUUCUUGAUGAAAUUCGAUCCAGUGGAGGAGGGGGCAUGAACUUGAAUCCUGUUCAUACAAACAGCACCUCGGGUGGACCACCAGAUCCACGUGAAAAUCUUUUGACACAAAUUCGCGGAGGUGCCCAUCUGAAAAAGGUUGAAGUCCAAGAUGCUCAGUCAGUUACAGAUGAUGCAGUUGGAGGGCUAGUUGGGGCACUGGCACGUGCUUUGGCCACACGGCAAAAGCAUAUCCAAGGAUCAGAUGAAGAGAGUGAUGACAGUGAAGAUGAUGCAAAUACUGAUGAUUCAGACUGGGAUGAUUAAAUAUAUAUUAAUUAUUGAUGAUAGAAACAAUUAAUGUAUGUGGUUAAUAAUAGCGUAAACAAGUUGCUGAGAGACACAUUUUAGGUGGCAUUUUCCACUUUUAUUUUAUACAUUUUGCUUUGUAGAUGCAAUGAAACUUUACAUUGAUACAGAAAACAGUUAAGAUAUUUCAUAAGCAAAAACUAAUUGAUGAAUUAUUAGGACCAUUUUUUUUUAUUACUCAUAUGGGUAGAGAGAAGUGGGGAAUGAAAAAUGAUCUUUCUCUGGGGAAAGAAAAACAAAAAUUCUUCUUCUAGAUACAACUGUAACUAUGUUUUAUCCAUGUCAACAAAUAACUUAUGUCAUCCGCUGUACAUCUGUCACAGCUAUGACUUAAUGAUGUCUCUUUUUCUCAACUUCCAAACUUUUUUUCAACAACAGUAUCGUUUGAAAAUCGUCCAUAAAAUGAUAAAGAUUGAUAAUGGGUAAUAAAUAGAAUACCCAACUGGCUACUUGGUAAUACCGUCUAUCUUGCACUCGUGAAUUGAUGUUGUCAGCAUAAUUCGGUAUUGCCUUGUAACUCAUCGAGUAUUCUCUAAGUCAUCCAUUAGGUAGUAAAAUUCUAUAAUAUACUGUGGCAUUAGCAAUUUGGAAGUCUCUUCUUUUCUGUGUUUUCCUUGUAAAUAUAGAAAUACUUUGUCACAUUUAUUUAAUGUCUUGGCUUGAACUUUAUCUUUUAACACUGAAAUAAUAUUCAUACCUAACAUAUUUUAUUUACCUUAUGCAUUAAAAGAACUUGUGGACAAAGGCAAAAA